UAAAGCACAGAGAAUAUCAGCUGGCUAACAGGCUCCUGCUGCUGGAGUGGACAGUGUCCUUCGCCUGCACACUGAAUCACGUCUUGAAUAGCCGCUCUGUUGGUUUAUUUGAUAAAUAUGUCUACUACUACCGGUGGCGGAGAGUUCGGCAAUCCUCUGCGAAAGUUCAAGCUCGUCUUUUUAGGCGAGCAAAGCGUUGGGAAGACUUCUCUGAUCACCAGGUUUAUGUAUGACAGCUUUGAUAACACCUACCAGGCAACAAUUGGCAUUGACUUUCUAUCAAAAACCAUGUACCUAGAAGAUCGUACGGUUCGGCUGCAGCUGUGGGACACUGCAGGGCAGGAGCGCUUUCGUAGCCUCAUACCCAGCUACAUCCGUGACUCCACUAUUGCUGUAGUGGUGUAUGACAUCACCAAUCUUAACUCAUUCCAGCAAACUUCAAAAUGGAUAGAUGACGUCCGAACAGAGAGGGGAAGUGAUGUCAUUAUCAUGCUGGUUGGCAACAAAACAGACUUGGCUGAUAAAAGACAGAUCACCACGGAGGAGGGCGAGCAGAGGGCUAAGGAACUGAAUGUCAUGUUCAUUGAAACCAGUGCAAAAACUGGCUACAAUGUCAAACAGCUUUUUAGACGUGUUGCUGCAGCCUUGCCUGGGAUGGAUAGCGCACCAGAGAAAAGCAAGGAGGACAUGAUUGAUAUCAAACUGGAGAAAUCUCCAGAACUGCCGGUGACUGAGAGCAGCUGCUCAUGCUAGUAACCACUCCAGACUCUCACCAGCUCGGCCUCCUCCCCACCAACAGCUUGUCUCUCAGUGGCCCUGUGCCAUUAGUCAGAGCCUUUUAUUUCCCCUUGACUCAGUGACUUUUCGGAGUAACCGUGUGGAUGUGCUAUUACUCUGUAUUACAACAGAUUAUCAAAAAUAUAUAUGUUAAAGGAAAAACAGUAAAGAAAUUUAAGCAUAGGUUAUACCCUCAUUGGAUUCAUAUCUAUUCUGACUGCAUGGCAUUGUGUAUGAUUGCGGACUGACACGGCUCAACUGCUCUUCUCUUGCACUUUUAUUUUUUGAACAUCAGUGCCGUCAUGCUCAUCAUUAUCCGUUUGUUUCAGAUUACCUAACUCUCUUACGUUGGACCAAGAUCCUCAUCUCAUAACACCUUGCUAUUUUAUUGGAGUGAACAGAAAGGCAAUGGCAAACUAAAUAGCAUUGUUUUAUUGAUUAACUGUAAGCAUACAUCACUGAUGAUUUUUAACAAUUAGUUGUGGUUUUUUUUUUUUGUUGUUGUUUUUGUCUUUCAUAUGACAGUAGAAGGGCCAGUUCUGACAUGGAUAUUGAGGGAUCUCUUCUAGCUUUGGAUGAUUGUGAGGGUAAAAAGUCUCAUGAUGUGUUUUUAAAAAAGCCUAAACAAACUUGUAAUUGAAUGUUAAUGAAUUUGGUGCUCGGGAUCAGUACAAUUAGGGUUUUGUUUCAGGGUAUAGGUGUUGGCCAAAGAAGACUUGAUAUCAAUAGGAUCAUUUUAGACAUACCUCUGCAUUUUGGUCAAAUGCUACAUCUCUUUCACCCUUUUUACACACAUCAUGGAGUUUAAAUGCCCCUAGCUGGGGGUGAAAAGCUGUGGAUAUACAUUCGGAAGAUAUUCUAGAUACUUGGGUUCUUUAAACACGCACCCUGUAUUAUAACUACCCAUAAACUGUAAUUAUGAAGCGUAAUUAAUGAAUACUUGGAUCGUACCUGGUUGGUUUCUUGGAAGCAAGGAGAUGAUUACACACUAGUGGGUGUACUGAAUUUCAGCAGCUGCAUCUGGAGUGUGUGCGUGCGCACGUGCGCUCUCUGCACUCUUCUCGUCUUGUGUUCAGUAAACCAUUGCAGGACCAGCAUGUUAUCUAAGGGCGGUUUAAACAGAAAAGGCACCAAAUCACAACAUUGUGGUUUAGAGAGGCCUGCUGAUUUGCAUAAAGUUACAGAGGUUGAGUAUGUGGAGUUUUCCCCCUUAUGCACAGCUAUCGCUUAGCGUAAAGAACCGUCUUGAAGAGUUUAACCAUGUGUUGCUAAUGCUCGUUUUAAGACUGUUGGUUUUAUAUGUUAAUUUAUUUAUCUCACUAAGAACAGAAAAUGUGUCUGUGUGCUUGGCCUAAAUGGCAGUUCUUAAACACUUGGGGAAACAGUCAGUUGAUUUAUGGCUUGCAUUUCUGCUUUGGCUACUGUACCACAGAGACCUGCGCUAUGCUCAUUUUCUCUCAGUUGUAUGCUCUGUGUGUAGUUUUAAGGAUCUGGCGAGACUGGAUCUAUAGUUGUGUACAUGCACUUAAAUGUACAUUCUUUGACAGCACCACUACACAGCAAGCUUGUUUUUUUGAAAUCUUAGCAUUUGACAUUGUUUGGAUAUGUAAGUAUUUAAUUACAAGAAACAUCUCUCCUGAACAGCUGUACACUUAUUGUCACUGAUUGAAUACUCAGCUGUGUGCUAUUCUGAAGUGUGUUUGUCUGUUUGAAAUAUGCUGUCUUACUAGUGUUUAGCUAAAUUUAUGUGGGAAAAAAAAAUGCAUUCUCUGCUGUAAAAAAAAAAAAAGAAAAGUGAAAGCAACACUGAAGUGUAUCACAUGAAAUAAAGAGAUUUCACCAAGCAUUCAUCUUGA